AUGCUCGAAAAACUACCAAACUUGAUAUUCCUCGAUAUGAUCUCCUAUCUUUCUCAUGAAGAUCUCGAGAAUUUGCGGCUCGUAUGUCGGCGUUGCAAUGAAAUGAUCGAAACGCAUUGUCAAGUUGUGGGUCCAAUCGAAUUUGCGCGAAAACUCGCGUUUGCCCAUACGCCUAAAUAUUCAGUAAACGUUCGGGAACACCUUGUUCGAGUUGAUUUGGAUCCCCAUCAAGAUUCCGGUCGUUAUCGAACCGUUAUAUCCACACCGGGACUUUUCGAUGAUCUUGAGAUGCAAGUGCUCAAUUUGACUUCGGUUGCAGCGCAGACAUUCCACAAUUACCUUUUGCCAAAUGCCGAGAAAAUUGGAAUUUUUCCUCGAUCGGUGUGUUUCCGACACGAUAAUUGCGACAACGAGCUCAUCGAGCUUUUCACAAAAUUUGUUGCAUAUUGUAGUGCUCUUCUCGAAAUUGGCCUCGACGUUCCAUCUUUGAGAUCGGAACAUGUUGUUCAAAUCCUCAAAAAUGUGCCAUAUCCAAUCAAUGGAACAUUAAUGAUCCGACACGAUUGCGAAUUCACCAAAGAACUCAUUGAUCAACUCUACGAGACGUUCCGUUAUUCGCCUGACAAGGCUGUGGCGGUCAUCAAGAGCAAUAUAAUGAAUGCCGGGUUCAAUAUGGAAAAUAUAAUGUACUAUCUAAUGCACCCAAAACGUCACGAGUAUUUCGAUGAUGCCAAAAGAAGGAAAUACUUGCUUCUUGAGCGCGUGCCAGGACCUCGAAUUGGAUUGGCUUUCGAUGAGCUCAAUCUUGUGUUUGUCGACGCUCUGAUCAUCAAACUGGCAUCCUCCUAUCCCGGGUUUUCCAUUCAGUAUCCUUCUCGUGGCGUUCGGGAACUCCGAUGGAAACACGAUCGAUGCUCAUACUCAAUUCUCGUGCUCAAGACGUUGCCACAUAAUGGCGAGCAAUUGCCAAACGAGCAAAUCUCAAAUGAGCAAUCAUAUCCAAUGUUCAUUGAGUAA